UUUGCACGAAGCACACACGUGGAAUGUAAAGAGAGUUUUGGCAGAUGCUGUGAAAGGCAUCACUCCUAUUAUUGUGGAUAAUACCAACCUGGAGGCAUCCGAAAUGCGACCCUAUGCGACCAUUGCCGUUCGUCACGGGUACCGCAUCGAAUUUCUUGAGCCUAAUACAUACUGGCGCUACUUUGUUGCAGAAUGUGCAAGGAGAAAUACACACGGUGUCCCUAUCCAGCGAGUGGCAGAUAUGAUGCGUCGCUUUGACAGAUCUAUUACGGUAGCCGGUCUUCUUGGUAUGUACCAUUUGCAGCUGGAUGCCUCUGAACUAAUUCAGCCUCAUGUUGUCACUACAAGAAUGCCAAAGCACAGACGUAAAAAACGUAAAAGGAAUAGGUUGAAACGCAAAAUACGAAAAUCACUUUCAGAAGAAAAACUGAUGAUGGAUGGUGAUAACAUUCUAAAUCUGUCAAAAAUCUCAGAUAUCGUAUCAUGUGGUACAUCAUAUGAUUCUAACUGUACAAUAUUUUCCAAUGUUGUUGGUGAGAAAACAAAUGUAUUUUCAAAGGCUGUAGGGGAAACUGAAAGCAGCCUAUUGCAAAAGGGUGAAUCCAUUGUACAUGAAAAUAAUCAAGUCUCAGCUUCACCUGGAAUGUAUACAGUAGAUGGACUUAGGUCUUUGAAACCUGUAGUUGCUCAUUUGGAAGGCACUGAGGAGAAUGAGGAUAAUCAACAAGUAGAAAGAGCAGCUGCAGUGACUGAAGACUUGAGUAACCCUGGCCUAGACACAAGAAAAGUUGUCGAUGAUCUUUUAAAUGAAGAAAUCGGACGAGAAUGUAGUGCCUCACCAGAUGAAUAUGUACUUGUGAAGGACAGUGAAUUUAUAUUUCAAAAACCACACAAUAUUCAUAAAUGGCUGUCUGAACGACCACCCUGGGUAGGGAAUGAAAAAAAUUGUACUCUCAGUAACACACUUCCCAGUCAUGUAAAUGAAGAGAAUACUGACAAUGAAUCAUCAAAAACUCUGGAGAAUGAUAACAUUCAACUGAAUUUUAAUUUUGAUAGACAAGUUAACAGACUAAUGGAAGCCAUGGAUCAUGAGGAAACUGCAGAGCUGCAAAGUUUGGAUGGUAGAAACUGUGUAAAAACUGAAUUUGAAAAAACAGUACAUGUUAUUGGAGAUGACUGUAAAAGGUCUUCAGUAGAUACUACAUUUCCUGCCCAUCAGAGUUCUGAUACAAGUAGCGAAUUUGUGGUUACAGAAAAGUCUAAACAAAACUUCUCUGAAAGUGUGAGCAGACUAGAAAUUGAUGAUAAGAAUGAGGACUCAGCUAAGAAAUCAAGUAAUGGUAACUACAAAAUAUGGAAGCGUGGAGAAAAAUUGGCAAGUGCUGUUCAGCACACUGAGCCCACUGCAGUAAAUGAUCAAACAACAGCAAAUGCUGAGAAUAACUAUGUAUUGUGGGAUUUAGAACAUGGGAAUGUUUGGGGUGGUGAGGACCCGAAACCAAGUGUCAACGUACGCAUCGAGGAAGACCUCUGUCUUCCGAAACCACCUCGUAUUAGUCGUAAGAAACUACCUGUGAAAGAUUUUCUUAAGGAAAGUCUACAUAACUUGUCACAAAAUGUUACACGUCCAGUACAAGAACUAGAUCAGUGGGACACUGUAGAAGAUCCCUUAUCUUCAUGGGAAAAUAGGAAGAAAAACAAUAAUAUGUCCACAGAUGUAAGGAGGAGAGAGGAUCAUUCAAAUGUGUCCUCAAAAGAUUCGCAAGGAAAAUUUGUACCUCAACCGCAGAGGUCUUUAGGAUGCUUUUCUCGGUCACGCAAAUCUGCUUCCAGUGUAUCUCAGAGGCAGUCACCGUCUGAAAUUUCAGAUACUGCACAUAAAAUACGAGAUAUGCGACCUCCGAGAUCAUUAUCUGCUGCAGGUAAUUAUGCUGUAAAUGACAGGUCUAACUGGUCUAAAUAUUGUUCUUCUAUAGAACCCACAGCUUGGAAAUCGGAGCAGAAUUUAACACCUGAAACAUUAUUGCAUCAGUGUAAAGCUUUUCCAGGUACUUUUGAAGUAACAGAUGGAAAGACAUUGGUCAAAGAUUCAAUAUAUACAGAUUGUGUAACAAAUACACAUUACUCAGAUUUUUUACUGUUGCAGCAAGUUAACAGCAGUAAAGAGAUUCCCAGUGAUGUCAAAAUAAUAGUUGGAAGUUGUUAUGGACCCAUCACAGACAAAGGCAGUGCUGUAGUGCAGCCUGCAGUGUCUCCCCAUCUGCGCCAAAGUGGGAAGUCAGUAUUUGACAAAAGUUCCAUGACAGAACAUGAAGAAAAUUUUACAAAGUUCUCUGAAACUGAAUUUAAAGAACUACUUAGAGCUUUUCCUGCCGUCCCCAUACCUCACUUACAAGAGAUAUUUCAGAAAUGCAAUAGGGAUAUAAACUGGACUGUUGAUGUGCUAUUGGAGCUAGAUUAUAAGGGAGUAGAAGAGUCCCCUGGGAUAGAGAUGGCUUUGGAGCCAUGUACUCUUAAGAUUUCAGAUAAAUCUGAAAACGACCUUCAAAUUGGUGUUUCGCCAUCAGUGGCGACAGAAAAAACUGAUCAACAGUCUUCAUACUCAAAUACAAGGCACACAUCUGAAGAAUGUUGGCAGCCCUCUGAAUUAAAAAGUUGGCAGUAUGAAAAAGAAACUGAUAAGACAAAUGCUACACCGACACGGCUCUCUCCCAGCAGAACCAUUCGAAAAGAUAAAAAUAUUUCACCCACAGCAAAAGAGCUGAAAGAGCAUAUUGAACAAAAUAUAGUGCUAAAUAAGAACUGCUAUUCAGAACACACACUGAGAAUUAGGAAAAUGAGGCACGGGGAAUUAUUAGACAUGGGUGAGGUAACUACUAGUUCGAAUAAAAACAAUGACACCAUCUUGCAGAUUGAGGAUUGUGAUGAGGUCUCAGCUUCUCAUGGAGUAAUUGGAUCCUCAGCCAAACAGAAUAUUCUGGAACCGACUGCUUCAGGUGCCAUGUUAUACCCAGAGAAUGCUGUUACUGAUGCUAUUGUUGAGCAUAAUAAUCAGAAUAGUGACAUUUCUUCUACAAACGGUGAUGAGGCAACAGGAAUUUCUGACAGUGAAGCUUUUGUUGAUAUAAAACUUGGGGAAGAAUUUGUGUCACAACUUCAUGAGCUAUUUGGGAAGUCAUCUUAUACAACAGUAUGUGAAACUUCUGCAACAGUGAAGCUCCCUCUCUGCCUGGCACUUCAGAUCCACUACUAUCUUAUGAAGCAUGAAGAAGAACAGAUUAAACAACAGCAGGAUGUUAUGAUUAAAGAAGAUGAGGAACUUGCAAGAAAAAUACAAGAAAGCUAUGGAAGGCGUUCUAAAGAUGAAAAGGUCCCAGAUCUUCGAGAAAUUAUGGAUAUGGAGAUGGCAUUGGCGUUGUAUAAAGCUGACCAGACAUUUUCUCAUCAUGAAACAAAGGAAACAUUGGCGAUAAAGUUAUCUAAAAAAAUUUUAUGUGAAAUGUUCCCAACAUUCCGUAAAGAGGCAAUUCUCGAUGUAUUCAGUUCUACGGGUAACUCUUUUGAUAACACACUGGCUGUACUUAUAGCUUCCACGAGUGAAGAAGAAGCAAAGGUUGCAAUGAGCCCAGAAGCUCUUUCUGAACAUCGUAGCCAAUUGAUAGAAGCUGCAGAAGAAACUGUGAAGAGAGGUGUUGAGACCACCAGUCCCUUAGAAGAUUUUGAUGACAUUACAGCUGACAGAAGAGGCAGUAAUGUGUUGUAUAUUGUUGAAAGAUACAGAGAACAAGCUGCACAUCAUUACAGGAGGAGAAGUGAAUACCAUAUGAAAGCACAGGAAGCUUUCCAAAAAGGAAUGCCUUCAGUGGCUCAUUAUUAUUCACAGUUGGCCCGACUCCACAAAACUCACGCACAAGAAGCGAGUUGCCGUGCAGCGACAGCGAUUAGUGCAGCAGCACCAGAUUCUUCCAACUUAGACUUACACGGGUUGUAUGUACGAGAGGCAGUCUGCCUCUUGGACAGUUUCCUGGAUGCUCACAUUAUGCGACUCAAAGCAAGUGGGCAGUCACGGCGUGUCCUCCAUGUGGUGACUGGUCGUGGUAACAACUCUCGUGGGGGUCAGCCUCGUUUACGCCCUGCCAUUCUGCAGCGUCUCACACAGCGGAGUAUUAAGUAUGAGGAGGUAAAUGAGGGUCUCUUCAGGCUUGUUUUAAGUCGUAACAAUGAUUUAUGAGUGAUGACAGACCAUAUUUUGGAAGAUCUUGAAUUCUAGCUACUAGAAGCUGAUUUGAGUGACCAAUAAGCCAUGCAGACAUGCUCUCCCAUGUCAACAGAAUAGACUGAAAAUUUAUAGUUAUUGAUUAAGUGGAGAGCGAGUAAAAAGAAAUGUUAGGUGAUGUGUUUCAUUUUAAUGUAUUAGCCUUCUAUGAAUUUCAAGUUUUAGUUGUUUGUAAAAAGGACAUUUUAACACAUGUGUUAUGUAUAAUACUACUAAAACUGUUCUUGGUCCCAGUAUAUCCCAAUAUUUGGAAUGGAAUAACUAUUUAGAAAGAAUAAAUUAAAUUUACUUUGUGAUGCAAAAAGAGACAGCCAGAGUUGCAACUAAAGUUGAUGUUCAUUUAGUCAGUGACUGGUUUCCGACUACACCCAACCAAUGUUUGCCAAGUAAAAUGUCCGCACAAAAUACCCAUAAACAAAUGGAUACCUAUGCGUAUGGCCCCAAGUCAUGUUCUUUAAAGGCAUUAGUUGGGACCAUAUGUAUAUGUAGCCACUUAGUUUACUGCAAUUCUGGAUGGGCAUUUCACAUUGCAGAACUUGGUGGUUUGAGAAUGGGCGUAGCCUGAAACUGAUCACUGGCUAAAUAAACAUCCAUUUUAGUUGCAAAUAUGGCUCUCUCAUUUUACACUACAAUGUAAAAAUGAGUUGCUGUCCCACCAUACCCAUCAUGCAGAAGUUAGCAUGUAAAUUUACUUUAUUCAAGGAGAAAAGUUAGUUCUCCAAUAGUUUGCCAGAGAAGUCAUUCUUCUGCCCCUUUUAUAAACUUCUGACUGAACCAGACUUAAACUCAGUUAUGUACUUCAUUAUACAAUUUUUACAAUUCUAUUUUUACAUGCUAUUAAAAACAUUUGAAAUUCAAAGUGUGGGAAAUGGUAUUAUGAAGGGCUGGUGUUUGAUGAUUUCCUAGCCUAAUCUGUGAAGUCUUUAUCUUUCUUUGGUUUUGAAAUGUCUGGGUGGACAUUAUCUAUGUAAGUGGUAAUGCCACUUGACUGCAUUUCAGUCUCUCUCUUUAAUUCUGCGUAUUCCUUGUCAUGGUCACCAUUUUUUAAAUCUUAGUGGGAGGUGCUAUGGUUCGAUUAGUAGCCUGAAGACUUGUCUGAAAACUGGAUUAUGUGUCUCAUCUCCCAGUGCAUAGAACAAAAUCAAGACAAACUGCUUUUGAGACUAUGAUAAAUAUUCAAGAAUUCUUUUUGGUAGUGAGCACUCCUUCAUUUAACUGCCAUAAAUAUUGAGGAGUUGAACAAAAAUAACACAGUAGUUCAUGGACCUUAGGAGAUUGUGGAGUGUGUAGCCCAUGUAAAGUACCAAUAGAAGACAACUCAGAGAGCAAGAGUAAUGAACUUGGAUUUGCAGUCUUCUGUUAUAUGUCAGCUUGCACUGCUGGAAUGUAAAUCAUAACUAAAACGAGAACUUAAGUCACAUUAAAAUAAAAUUUAAAAUAGCUGUUUCUUUUUGAAAAAUUUCAGACUGAUUGUUAAAUUUAGUUUCUGUUACUACAGUAAUAAGUUUAUUAUUGGUAUUAAAUCAAAAUGGAGUAAUUCCUCAGUUGAUUGUUAAUUUUGUAAACUUAAUACUUCCAUAAAUAACUCGGAGCUGUGAGUAAUGAGAAGAUUAUACAGAAAAUAAAGGGCUGUAGGGGUGAACCUAAUUUCAAAUUAUAUUUACCAUCUAAGUCCCCUCUGGUGGUUAUGGCAUUACUAUUAGUUAUUCAUCUGCCAUGCUUAGGAUUUUCCAUCCACUCCUGUCUUCAUCAUAUCAGUACAAGAAUAUAUGGAUGCUCUGUUAUACUAUUAUUUUUCAGUAAUGAUUUAUUACAUAAAGUAUCUGGUCACAUUCCUGAGGACUAAUUUACUCCACAGUUUUUUUCAUUAUGAUCUACUUCUCUCAAUUAGAAUAAUCUACAGCUUUUAAUUACCAUAAAGGUAAUGGGCGUGAUGACGUGUUGCAUGUUGGGUAUUUGCAGUAUUCCCAUUUCUUACAAACUUCGCAUAUGUUGAUCAUUCACUAUUUAAAUAACACCAAAUGCUCUUUGGGAAGCAGAAAUGGAAAUUUUCAUGCAUGGGGUAAGUAGAAAGUCAUUAUUAGCUAUUAAAUCUAAAAGAAAAGCAAACUGUCCACAAAUUUCUAGGCAGAACUCUAGGUAGUUAGUACAACAUCAAACAUCCAACAUUCAAAAAAUCCUCCGCAACUCUAUUUGUUAAAUCAUAAGCAGUAAUCAUUUUGUAUGUGAACACUCAUUUGUGUAGCACAUUCUUCAUAUCUGUUCUGUGGAAACUUUUUGAUUUACAUCUCUUGAUUUCUUGACAGAUGCUAAUGUUAUUGCCCUAAACAUCUUGAAACUCUAACAGUUCAAAGCCAAACAGAUGAGUCUACACCUUGGAGUGGUAUGUUAGUGAAUGUAUCACUUUUCAGUAACAGGCAGCAUCCUCUAUUGGGAAAUACGAAUGCACUUUGUGGUAACAGAAAUCUGCAGAAUUUCUGUGAAAGGUGGACAUUAGUGAAAGCUGUAAAACUAUGUAUUCAGAACAGAACUAUAAAUAUUGUUUUCUGUUAGUAGGGCACAAGUUGUCAUACUACCCUCCAUACUCUUUUUAAAAAUUUUGAAUUUUUUAUUGUAGCAACCAAAAGGUGAAUAUAUUUUCAAAUACUUACAGGUCCUUAAAUUAUAUUAUUGUAUCUCUACCCGUACACAUAACAAAAUGACACUAAUUUCGUAACUGCCUCUCCUCUUAUCUUGAUGUCUUUCUCAGAGGUGGCAAGUGGAAUGUAGGUAUGCAUUAUUUGUAUGAUUUGUCUUUCAUGACAUGUUACAUGUGUAUAAAAGCAUACUAAACUUUAUGAUUUUUUUAAACAUAUUGUCACAGUGUUUCACUGAGGUGGUACCCACCUUUGUACACAACAGUAUUUCUGUGAAAUUUCUAUAUAAUUUGCCAGCAGACAGAAACUUAAGGCUAAUUGCCUUUAAUUAAAUAAAACAUCUGCUUUUAGCAUUGGUACACGUUGUUGCGCUAAUGACAAAUAGUCAUGUGGAAAGUCUAAAUGUGUUCAUGUUUCUCGUAUGCACAAAAUCAGGUAUUGUUAUGUGCAUUAUUUCAGAAUUUAAAGUUAAUGAUGUGAAUGUAUAUAAUCGUAUAUUUCAUGAUAAGUUGGGUAAACUGUACUGUCUAAAUAUUUUUAAUUGGUUCUUACUUUGCAGUCAAAGUUUAAUUGAUAAAUCACUUGUAUCUGCAAGUGGUUACAAAAUUACGCAGUAUUAUUUGCACAUUGCAACAAUGCAUUUAUAUUUAUUGUUUAGAAAGAAAAUGGUUAACACAGCCCGAGAGACCUAGUUGCCAAGGGUGCUUCUGUAUUUAUAGUAUUUAAUUGAUGUGAAAGGUGUUUCAUCUUCAGCAACUGCAGUAAGUUAUGAAAUAGUAGGCAAAUUCUUCAAAAAAAUGUAAAAUAAAGCAACAUUGAUAUAUUAGUGUAUGGUAUUUAUAUUAUAUAAAUAAGAUAUGGAAGUAAUGUUACCAUUUUGGUGCUAGUGAAAUUAUGAAUUAGUUACUUUAAUAGCUUAAUAUGAAGAGAGGGCAUUCAGUGUACAUGUACAUGUUCAUUUAUUACAGUGUUUUUUUUAUAUCCUUAAUAUGUUAUGGUAAUAUUAGCAGCAAUAUUAUGAAUCAAUUGUGUGUGAUUGUUAUUCUGCAUUAACAGAUACUAGAGUGGGUCAUAUAUAUAAAGCUUUGAAGUGAAAAUUGUUAUACAGUGAUGGCCUGGGAGAUACUUCAUUUUAGACCAACUGGCAGGUGCAAAUCAUAAGUUGUCAUAUAUGACUGUUUUAUAUGUUUAUCAAAUAAAAUAUGAUUUUUUAUUUCA